UUGAGCGAAAUGAAGCUGUUCUGAUGCCCAUCACAAAACGGUACGCAACGGCUAUUUUCUUCUCUCUCUCACAAACCGGACCAGCUUUCUUUUCUUCUCUCUCUCAACUACCUUGGUUCAAUGCCUUCAAUGCUGGUUGUUGCUCCGUCCAAGUCGUCUUCAAUGCUUUUCACCUACCCACAAACCACAAAACCAUCAAAACAGAGAAGGAAAGGAACUCAGAAACCCAUUAGCCGAACCUCUCUAAACCACUCCCCCCUGUUCUUCCUUCACUCGAGUGAAUCUCCUCUCCGCUGUGGACACCGUUGCCGCCGCUGUGGGUCUCCACAUUCACCGAAGGAAGUUCUAGGAAAAAUGGUUAAGGAGAAAUUGAAGGAUGGUGGUAGUAAUGAUCAGAGAGCUGACUGGAAAGACCCUAAGGAACUACAAGCCUUUUGUCAAUUAUGUGCUGCUCAAGUCCUAGCCGGCCAGAGGAAAGGAGGGUUUAUAACCAAAGUUGGGGUUGACAACGUGAUUGAACAGUUGGGUAACAUGGGGAAAGUGGUGACUCCACUUCAGAUUAAGAACAAAUGGGAUCAUCUGAAAAAAGAGUGGAGGGAUUAUAACCAGUGUUUUGACAAUGAGACUGGGUUGGGUUAUGACCCGGGAACUGGGAUGCUUCAGGCCCCUGAUGAGUGGUGGACUCGAAAGAUUGCGGAAUGUCCCCUUGCAAAAACCUUUAAAAAUAAAGGUUUGCCGAAUCGUGACUUCAAAAACAUCAUGUAUGGAGGCACGGUUGCAACAGGGAAAAAUGCGUUUUGCACGAGCGGUCAAUUACCAAAGGAAACCACCGAAGGUUCUGGGGACUCUGCUGAUAGCAUAGAAUUUGUUAACCCCCAAUGUGAACCGUUUGUGAAUGUUGACACAAUGGAGGUUGAAGGUCCAUCAUUGUCGAGGGCAGAACCAGCAGUGAGUAAGGGGAAAGGCUUGGCAACCAGUGUCCACCUUUUCAAGCCAAUGUACAAGAAAUAAAA